AUGAGGUGCCACGUUGCCACCAGCUGCCACGUGGUGUGGCUGUUUGUGCUGAUCUCUGGAUGCUGGGGCCAGGUGAACCGGCUGCCCUUCUUUAUCAACCACUUCUUCGACACGUACCUACUGAUCAGCGAGGACACGCCUGUGGGUUCCUCUGUGACCCAGUUGCUGGCCCGAGACAUGGACAAUGACCCGCUGGUGUUUGGCGUGUCUGGUGAGGAGGCCUCCCGCUUCUUUGCUGUGGAGCCUGACACAGGAGUGGUGUGGCUCCGGCAGCCACUGGACAGAGAGACCAAAUCUGAGUUCACGGUGGAGUUCUCUGUCAGUGACCACCAGGGGGUGAUCACGCGGAAGGUGAACAUCCAGGUCGGGGACGUGAAUGACAAUGCGCCCACAUUUCACAAUCAGCCCUACAGUGUCCGCAUCCCUGAGGACACACCGGUGGGGACGCCCAUCUUCAUCGUGAACGCCACAGACCCCGACCUGGGUGCCGGCGGCAGCGUCCUCUACUCCUUCCAGCCCCCCUCCCCGUUCUUCGCCAUCGACAGUGCCCGCGGCAUCGUCACGGUGAUCCAGGAGCUGGACUACGAGACGACGCAGGCCUACCAGCUCACCGUCAACGCCACGGAUCAAGACAAGACCAGGCCUCUGUCCACCCUGGCCAACUUGGCCAUCAUCAUCACAGAUGUCCAGGACAUGGACCCCAUCUUCAUCAACCUGCCCUACAGCACCAACAUCUAUGAGCAUUCUCCUCCGGGCACCACCGUGCGCGUUAUCACCGCCAUCGACCAGGACAAAGGACGCCCCCGGGGGAUUGGCUACACCAUCGUCUCAGGGAAUACCAACAGCAUCUUUGCCCUGGACUACAUCAGUGGGGCGCUGACCCUGAAUGGUCUGCUGGACCGGGAGAACCCCCUGUACAGCCACGGCUUCAUCCUGACGGUGAAGGGCACAGAGCUGAAUGAUGACCGCACCCCCUCUGACGCCACCGUCACCACGACCUUCAACAUCCUGGUUAUUGAUAUCAAUGACAACGCCCCAGAGUUCAACAGCUCCGAGUACAGCGUGGCCAUCACUGAGCUGGCGCAGGUCGGCUUUGCUCUCCCCCUCUUCAUCCAGGUGGUGGACAGGGAUGAGAACCUGGGCCUGAACAGCAUGUUCGAGGUGUACCUGGUGGGGAACAACUCCCACCACUUCAUCAUCUCCCCCACCUCCGUCCAAGGGAAGGCGGACAUUCGCAUCCGGGUGGCCAUCCCCCUGGACUACGAGACCGUGGAGCGCUACGACUUCGACCUCUUUGCCAAUGAGAGUGUGCCCGACCACGUGGGCUAUGCCAAGGUGAAGAUCGCCCUCAUCAACGAGAAUGACAACCGGCCCAUCUUCAGCCAGCCGCUGUACAACGUCAGCUUGUACGAGAACGUCACCGUGGGGACCUCCGUGCUGACCGUGCUGGCAACGGACAAUGACGUGGGCACCUUCGGGGAAGUCAACUACUUCUUCAGCGAUGACCCGGACCGGUUCUCUCUGGACAAGGACACGGGACUUAUCAUGCUGAUCGCCAAACUGGACUACGAGCUCAUCCAGCGCUUCACCUUGACGGUCAUCGCCCGGGAUGGGGGCGGGGAGGAGACCACAGGCCGGGUCCGGAUCAACGUGUUGGACGUCAACGACAAUGUGCCCACCUUCCAGAAGGAUGCCUACGUGGGUGCCCUGCGAGAGAAUGAGCCUUCCGUCACACAGCUGGUGCGGCUCCGGGCAACAGACGAAGACUCCCCUCCCAACAACCAGAUUACCUACAGCAUCGUCAACGCCUCCGCCUUUGGCAGCUACUUCGACAUCAGCGUGUAUGAAGGCUAUGCAGUCAUCAGUGUGAGCCGCCCCCUGGAUUACGAGCAGAUACCCAACGGACUGAUUUAUCUGACGGUCAUGGCCAAGGACGCUGGCAACCCCCCUCUGAACAGCACUGUCCCUGUCACCAUCGAGGUGUUUGAUGAAAAUGACAACCCUCCCACCUUCAGCAAGCCUGCGUACUUUGUCUCUGUGGUGGAGAGCAUCAUGGCAGGAGCCACGGUGCUGAUCCUGAAUGCCACGGACCUGGACCGCUCCCGGGAGUACGGCCAGGAGUCCAUCAUCUACUCCUUGGAGGGCUCCUCCCAGUUCCGGAUCGGCGCCCGCUCAGGUGAACUCACCACCACCUCCCUGCUGGACCGUGAGACCAAGUCUGAAUACAUCCUCAUCGUACGAGCAGUGGAUGGAGGCGUGGGCCACAACCAGAAAACUGGCAUCGCCACUGUCAACAUCACCCUCCUGGACAUCAACGACAACCACCCCACCUGGAAGGACGCUCCCUACUACAUCAACCUGGUGGAGAUGACCCCUCCAGACUCUGAUGUGACCACGGUGGUGGCCAUCGACCUGGACGAGGGCCUGAACGGGCUGGUGUCCUACCGCAUGCAGGUGGGCAUGCCCCGCAUGGACUUCCUCAUCAACAGCAGCAGCGGCGUGGUGGUCACCACCACCGAGCUGGACCGAGAGCGCAUCGCCCAGUACCAGCUGCGGGUGGUGGCCACCGACGCGGGCACGCCCACCAAGAGCUCCACCAGCACGCUCACCAUCCGAGUGCUGGACGUGAACGAUGAGACGCCCACCUUCUUCCCGGCCGUGUACAACGUCUCCGUGUCCGAGGACGUGCCGCGGGAUUUCCGCGUGGUCUGGCUGAACUGCACCGACAACGACGUGGGCCUCAACGCUGAGCUCAGCUACUUCAUCACAGGUGGAAACGUGGAUGGGAAGUUCAGCGUUGGCUACCGCGAUGCCGUUGUGAGAACAGUGGUGAACCUGGACCGGGAGACCACGGCCGCGUACACACUCGUCCUGGAGGCCAUUGACAACGGCCCGGUGGGCAGGCGGCGCACAGGCACCGCCACCGUGUUCGUCACGGUCCUGGACGUGAAUGACAACCGGCCCAUCUUCCUGCAGAGCAGCUACGAGGCCAGUGUCCCCGAGGACAUCCCUGAGGGCCACAGCAUCGUGCAGCUACAGGCCACAGACGCCGACGAGGGCGAGUUUGGGCGUGUGUGGUACCGCAUCCUCCAAGGUAACCAUGGCAACCACUUCCGUAUCCACGUCAGUGACGGGCUCCUGGUGCGAGGGCCCCAGCCCCUGGACCGGGAGCAAGACUCAUCCCACGUGCUGAUAGUGGAGGCCUAUAACCAUGACCUGGGCCCCAUGCGGAGCUCCGUCAGGGUGAUCGUGUAUGUGGAGGACGUCAACGACGAGGCCCCGGUGUUCACGCAGCAACAGUACAGCCGCCUGGCACUUCGAGAGACUGCAGGCAUUGGCACCUCGGUCAUCGUUGUCAAAGCCACAGACCGAGACACUGGGGACGGUGGCCUGAUAAACUACCGCAUCCUGUCGGGUGCAGAAGGGAAAUUCGAGAUUGACGAGAGCACGGGGCUCAUCAUCACUGUGGAUUACCUGGACUACGAGACCAAGACCAGCUACCUGAUGAAUGUGUCCGCCACCGACCAGGCGCCCCCCUUCAACCAGGGCUUCUGCAGCGUCUAUAUCACGCUGCUCAACGAGCUGGAUGAGGACGUGCAGUUCUCCAACGCCUCCUAUGAGGCUGCCAUCAUGGAGAACCUGGCCCUGGGCACCGAGAUUGUGCGGGUCCAGGCCUACUCCAUCGACAACAUCAACCAGAUCACCUAUCGCUUUGACGCCUACACCAGCGCGCAGGCCAAAGCCCUCUUCAAGAUAGACGCCUACACGGGUGUGAUCACAGUCAAGGGCCUGGUGGACCGGGAGAAAGGCGACUUCUACACCUUGACGGUGGUGGCGGAUGACGGCGGCCCCAAAGUAGACGCCACUGUGAAGGUCUACAUCACUGUGCUGGACGAGAAUGACAACAGCCCUCAGUUUGACGUCACCUCCGACUCGGCUGUCAGCGUGCCAGAGGACUGCCCUGUGGGCCAGCGUGUGGCCACUGUCAAGGCCCAGGACCCCGAUGCCGGCAGCAACGGGCAGGUGGUUUUCUCUCUGGCCUCGGGCAACAUCGCUGGGGCCUUUGAGAUUGUCACCACCAAUGACUCCAUCGGCGAAGUGUUCGUGGCCAGGCCCCUGGACAGAGAAGAGCUGGACCACUAUAUCCUCAAGGUGGUAGCAUCUGACCGGGGCACCCCUCCACGGAAGAAGAACCACAUCCUGCAGGUGACCAUCCUGGACGUCAAUGACAACCCCCCAGUGAUCGAGAGCCCCUUUGGAUAUAAUGUCAGUGUGAACGAGAACGUGGGCGGGGGUACUGCCGUGGUCCAGGUGAGAGCCACUGACCGUGACAUCGGGAUCAACAGCGUUUUGUCCUACUACAUCACCGCGGGCAACGACGACAUGACCUUCCGCAUGGACCGCAUCAGUGGGGAGAUCACCACGCGGCCCGCCCCACCCGACCGCGAGCACCAGAGCUUCUACCACCUGGUGGUCACCGUGGAGGACGAGGGCACCCCUCCGCUGUCGGCCACAACUCACGUGUACGUGACCAUCGUGGACGAGAACGAUAACGCACCUGUGUUCCAGCAGCCCCACUACGAGAUCUUGCUGGAUGAGGGGCCGGACACGAUCAAUGCCAGCCUCGUCACCAUCCAGGCGCUUGACCUGGACGAGGGGCCCAAUGGCACAGUGACCUACGCCAUCAUUGCAGGCAACAUCAUCGAUACUUUCCAUAUUGACAGACACACGGGUGUCAUCCGUGCUGCCAAGGAGCUGGACUAUGAGAUCUGCCAUGGCCGCUACACCCUGAUCGUCACAGCCACAGACCAGUGCCCCAUCUUGUCCCGCCGCCUCACCUCCACCACCACGGUGCUUGUGAACGUGAAUGACAUCAACGACAACGUGCCCACCUUCCCCCGAGACUAUGAGGGGCCGUUUGAUGUCACCGAGGGCCAGCCGGGGCCUAGAGUGUGGACCUUCCUGGCCCAUGACCGGGACUCGGGCCCCAACGGGCAGGUGGAGUACAGCAUCGUGGAUGGAGACCCCCUGGGGGAGUUUUUGAUCUCUCCUGUGGAGGGUGUGCUGCGGGUCCGGAAGGAUGUGGAGCUGGACCGGGAAACCAUUGCCUUCUAUAACCUGACCAUCUGUGCUCGAGACAGGGGGGUGCCCCCACUCAGUUCCACGAUGCUGGUGGGGAUUCGGGUGCUGGACAUCAAUGACAAUGACCCUGUGCUGCUGAACCUCCCCAUGAACGUGACCAUCAGUGAGAACAGCCCCGUCUCCAGCUUCGUCGCCCACAUCCUGGCCAGCGACGCUGACAGCGGGUGCAAUGCCCUCCUCACCUUUAACAUCACUGCAGGCAACCGGGAGCGGGCCUUCGCCAUCAAUGCCACGUCAGGGAUCGUCACCGUGAACCGGCCCCUGGACCGCGAGCGGAUCCCAGAGUACAAGCUCACCAUUUCCGUGAAGGACAACCCGGAGAACCCGCGCAUAGCCAGGAGGGAUUUUGACUUGCUGCUGAUCUUCCUUGCGGACGAGAAUGACAACCACCCCCUCUUCACGGAGAGCACCUACCAGGCAGAGGUGAUGGAGAACUCUCCUGCUGGGACCCCCCUCACGGUGCUCAACGGGCCCAUCCUGGCCCUGGAUGCGGACCUGGACAUCUAUGCCGUGGUGACCUACCAGCUGCUGGGUGCCCAGAGCGGCCUCUUUGACAUCGACAACAGUACGGGCGUGGUGACAGUGAGGUCCGGUGUGGUCAUUGACCGGGAGGCCUUCUCACCUCCCGUCUUGGAGCUGCUGCUGCUGGCUGAGGACAUUGGGCUGCUCAACGGCACAGCUGACCUGAUGGUCACCAUCCUGGAUGACAACGACAACUGGCCCACCUUUAGCCCUGCUGCCCUCACCAUCCACCUGCUGGAGAACUGCCCCCCAGGAUUCUCUGUCCUUCAGGUCACAGCCACAGAUGAGGACAGUGGCCUCAACGGGGAGCUGGUCUACCGAAUUGAAGCGGGGGCUCAGGACCGCUUCCUCAUCCACCCGGCCACGGGGGUCAUCCGCGUGGGCAAUGUCACCAUUGACAGGGAGGAGCAGGAGUCCUACAGGCUGACCGUGGUGGCCUCUGACCGGGGCACCGUUCCUCUCUCUGGCACGGCCAUCAUCACCAUCCUUAUCGAUGACAUUAACGACUGCCGCCCCGAGUUCCUCAACCCCAUCCAGACCGUGAGCGUGCUGGAGUCAGCCGAGCCAGGCACCGUCAUUGCCAAUGUCACGGCCAUCGACCGUGACCUCAACCCAAAGCUGGAGUACCACAUCGUCAGCAUUGUGGCCAAGGACGACACGGACCGCCUGGUGCCUGACCAGGAGGACGCCUUUGCUGUGAAUAUCAACACAGGGUCUGUUUUGGUGAAGUCUCCCCUGAACCGGGAGCUGGUUGCCACCUAUGAGGUCACUCUCUCGGUGAUUGACAAUGCCAGCGACCUACCAGAGCGCUCUGUCAGCGUGCCAAAUGCCAAGCUGACAGUCAACAUCCUGGAUGUCAAUGACAACACGCCCCGGUUCAAGCCCUUUGGGAUCACCUACUACACAGAGAAGGUCCUGGAGGGGGCCACUCCCGGCACCACGCUCAUCGCUGUCUCAGCUGUGGACCCCGACAAGGGCCUCAAUGGGCUGAUCACCUACAGCCUGCUGGACCUGAUGCCCCCAGGCUACGUUCAGCUGGAAGACUCCUCGGCAGGGAAGGUCAUUGCCAACCGGACGGUGGACUAUGAGGAAGUGCACUGGCUCAACUUUACUGUGAGGGCUUCAGACAAUGGGUCCCCACCCCGGGCAGCCGAGAUCCCUGUCUACCUGGAGAUUGUGGACAUCAAUGACAACAACCCCAUAUUUGACCAGCCUUCCUACCAGGAAGCCGUCUAUGAGGAUGUGCCCGUGGGCACAGUCAUCCUGACGGUCAGUGCUUCUGAUGCCGACUCAGGCAACUUUGCCGUCAUUGAGUACAGCCUUGUGGAUGGAGAGGGCAAGUUUGCCAUCAACCCCACCACGGGCGACAUCUAUGUGCUGUCCUCCCUGGACCGGGAGAAGAAGGACCACUAUAUUCUGACUGCCUUGGCCAAAGACAACCCUGGGGAUGUAGCCAGCAACCGUCGAGAAAAUUCAGUGCAGGUGGUGAUUCAGGUGCUAGACGUCAAUGACUGCCGGCCACAGUUCUCCAAGCCCCAGUUCAGCACGAGCGUUUAUGAGAAUGAACCAGCGGGCACCUCGGUCAUCACCAUGAUGGCCACCGACCAGGAUGAGGGCUCCAACGGGGAAGUGACCUACUCCCUUGAGGGCCCUGGUGAGGAGGCCUUCCACGUGGACAUGGACUCAGGCCUGGUGACCACAAAACGGCCAUUGCAUUCCUACGAGAGGUUCAACCUGACCGUCGUGGCCACCGAUGGCGGAGAGCCCCCGCUCUGGGGCACGACCAUGCUCCUGGUGGAGGUCAUCGACGUCAAUGACAACCGCCCAGUCUUUGUGCGCCCCCCCAACGGCACCAUCAUCCACAUCAAAGAGGAGAUCCCGCUGCGCUCCAACGUGUACGAGGUCUACGCCACAGACCAGGACGAGGGCCUCAACGGGGCCGUGCGCUACAGCUUCCUGAAGACCAUGGGCAACCGGGACUGGGAGUACUUCACCAUUGACCCCAUCAGCGGCCUCAUCCAGACUGCGCAGCGCCUGGACCGUGAGAAGCAGGCAGUGUACAGCCUCAUCCUGGUGGCCAGCGACCUGGGCCAGCCAGUGCCUUAUGAGACCAUGCAGCCCAUGCAGGUGGCCCUGGAUGACAUCGAUGACAACGAGCCCCUCUUCCUGAGGCCUCCAAAAGGCAGCCCCCAGUACCAGCUGCUGACAGUGCCUGAGCACUCACCACGUGGCACCCUCGUGGGCAAUGUGACCGGCGCCGUGGACGCAGACGAGGGCUCCAACGCCAUCGUGUACUACUUCAUCGCAGCUGGGAACGAAGAGAAGAAUUUCCAUCUUCAGCCUGACGGGCGUCUGCUGGUGCUAAAGGACCUGGAUCGGGAGCGCGAAGCUGUCUUCUCCUUCAUCGUCAAGGCCUCGAGCAAUCGCAGCUGGACACCUCCCCGGGGACCCGCACCGGACCUGGACCUGGUCACGGACCUCACCCUGCAGGAGGUGCGCGUCGUGCUAGAGGACAUCAACGACCAGCCCCCGCGCUUCACGAAGGCUGAGUACACUGCAGGAGUGGCCACUGACGCCAAGAUGGGCUCGGAGUUGAUCCAGGUGCUGGCCCUAGACGCAGACAUUGGCAACAACAGCCUGGUCUUCUACAGCAUUCUGGCCAUUCACUACUUCCGGGCCUUUGCCAAUGACUCUGAGGACGUGGGCCAGGUCUUCACCAUGGGGAGUGUGGAUGGCAUCCUGCGCACCUUCGACCUCUUCAUGGCCUACAGCCCCGGCUACUUUGUGGUGGACAUUGUGGCCCAGGACCUGGCAGGCCACAACGACACGGCCAUCAUCGGCAUCUACAUCCUGAGGGAUGACCAGCGCGUCAAGAUUGUCAUUAACGAGAUCCCCGACCGCGUGCGUGGCUUUGAGGAGGAGUUCAUCCGCCUGCUCUCCAACAUCACCGGUGCCAUUGUCAACACUGACGACGUGCAGUUCCACGUGGAUAAGAAGGGUCGGGUGAACUUCGCACAGACAGAGCUACUCAUCCAUGUGGUGAACCGAGAUACCAACCGCAUCCUGGACGUGGACCGGGUGAUCCAGAUGAUCGACGAGAACAAGGAACAGCUGCGGAAUCUUUUCCGAAACUACAAUGUCAUGGACGUGCAGCCUGCCAUCUCUGUCCAGCUGCCCGAAGACAUGUCUGCCCUGCAGAUGGCGAUCAUCGUCCUGGCCAUCCUCCUCUUCCUGGCUGCCAUGCUCUUCAUCCUCAUGAACUGGUACUACAGGACCGUACACAAGAGGAAACUCAAAGCCAUCGUGGCUGGCUCCGCAGGGAACCGUGGCUUCAUCGACAUCAUGGACAUGCCCAACACCAACAAGUAUUCCUUUGACGGGGCCAACCCAGUAUGGCUGGAUCCUUUCUGCCGGAACCUGGAACUGGCCGCCCAGGCCGAGCACGAGGACGACCUGCCGGAGAACCUGAGCGAGAUCGCAGACCUGUGGAGCAGCCCCACCCGCACCCACGGAACUUUUGGACGUGAGCCAGCAGCAGUGAAACCUGACGAAGACCGCUACUUGCGGGCAGCCCUCCAGGAGUACGACAACAUUGCCAAGCUGGGCCAGAUCAUCCGGGAGGGGCCCAUCAAGGGCUCGCUGCUGAAGGUGGUCCUGGAGGAUUACCUGCGGCUCAAAAAGCUCUUUGCACAGCGGAUGGUGCAAAAAGCCUCCUCCUGCCACUCCUCCAUCUCUGAGUUGAUCCAGACGGAGCUGGAGGAGCCAGGGGAGCGCAGCCCGGGCCAGGGCAGCCUGCGCUUCUGCAAGCCGCCUCCAGAGCUCAAGGGGCCCGACGGGAUCCACAUGGUGCAUGGCAGCACGGGCACACUCCUGGCCACUGACCUCAACAGCCUGCCCGAGGACGACCAGAAGGGUCUGGGCCGCUCACUGGAGACGCUGACGGCGGCCGAGGCCAGUGCCUUCGAGCGCAACGCCCGCACGGAGUCCGCCAAAUCCACGCCCCUGCACAAGCUUCGAGAUGUGAUCAUGGAGAGCCCCCUGGAGAUCACGGAGCUAUGACUAGAUGGGGGAGCCUCACUAGUGUGAGCAGCGCCAGGACCGUGGGGUGCGGACCCCUCCAGGCUGACCCUGGCUCACGACCGUGGCUUGGUCAAGUGGUGGCAGCCUGCUCUCUGCAGCUCAGAUUCCACUGCUGCCAGGCACUCAUUCAGCAUCUGAUCUCUACCUUCAUAAAAUCUGUUAUUUUUUUAAGAAAACCAAACAAGAAUGUUAAGUGUCUAAGGACAAGGUAAGGAGCAUCCCUGGGGGACAGGAGUAAGGACCAACUCAGCCCAGGCUGAACUGAAAGAGGCCAAGCAGACCCCCUUCCCCUCUCCACCCCUCCCAGCCUGGCCUUGACUCAGACUUCCGUUGAAGUCUCACCACGUUUCUGCCAUGUCCGACUGGACACCCAGGUGGGGCAGUGAGUGACCCCUGCCUCCCCACCUGGACAAGGUUAUUAUCCACGAACCACGUUCUCUCCAUGUCACUGGCUUCCCAAAUGUACCGGCUCAAAAGGAGAAAUGACUGAUGUUCCCUUGGUUUUGAAUGUAGAGUGUUCGUGUGUAUUCCUUUUUAAAUUAAGUUAUUCCCUCAA